GUGAAAUAAACAAAAUUUACGAAGAACAAAUUAAUUGUAAUAGCUCUGGAAGGAAAAUCGUUAAGAGAAUCAGCAAUAAAAUACUUGAUGAACUAAGUACUAUGAGUGCGACUAGUACAAGUGCAAAUUCUA